CGGACAACUCCACUUCCUGUGCUACCCGCUCUAGAUCACUUAUCUAGUCCACAAUGCACUAUCGCGACAUCGUUUGCCAUUUUGAUGCCAUUACGGCCCGUGUAGCAUGUCACCCAUGAAUCGCAUCCUGACCUGCCUGUAUGGUUCUAGUUUUACCCGUGCGACACAGUCCAUUCGCCAUGGGAGGCGAAAAAGAGCCUUUUUGGUACCCAAAACAAUGAAGUAUAUAUCAUGCUGGGAUUUUCAUUUUCUGCUUUCUAUUUCGAUCAAUCUCACCCUAUGCAUGCAUAUCCAUGUAGUAGCGAAUCUCUUGUAGAUCUUGCUCCUUUUCCACGUUUUCUAGAAGAUGUCGGAUCCAACUGGAACCCGUGCUCCGGAUGAGCCCAAGAAAGUUGUGGCAGAGACAACUGUCGAGCCCCUCAGCAAUAAAACAAGUGCCAAUGCGCUACACGACACAAGCACUGAGAGCCACGAGGAUUCCCAGCAUGACGAUGGGGUUGUGCACGUAAAAGGGCAUCCCGUUAUUCGGAAUGGAAUCGAUGUAUCUAGGUUCUUGAUAUCACUUCGUGACGAUGGCGAUCCUGCAUUUACUUUCCGUUCCAUCGUCUUGGGCUCCGUAUUCACUGCUCUCUCUAGCGUGAUUACUAUGCUUUACCUGUUCAAACCAUUUCAGGUACAGGUCUCGACUAUUUUCAUCCAACUCUUGGUUUUUAUAUUUGGCGAAGCAUGGGCUCUCUCGACCCCCCGCCCGGAUAGAUUCAAGACAAAGUGGAUACAGAAUACACUCAAGUUCGUCAACUCCGGUCAACCCUUCGGCAUCAAAGAGCACGUCGUAGCAUCGCUUGUUGCCUCAUCGGCCAACAAUGGCUUAUCCGGAGUUGAGGUGUACGCCGCGGAACGCUUAUUCUACGAUCGGAGUAUCUCCGCCUCCACUGCCGUCCUCGCGACCUUCUCGAUUUCGCUCUGCGGUUUCGUAUUGGCCGGCUUGCUGCGACCGCUAAUCGUCUACCCCGCGGAAAUGGUGUAUUGGUUGACACUGCCGCAAGUAGUGCUUUUCCAAAAUCUGCACUUCGAUCACGUCGCCAAUCGAGGUCGAUUGAUCAAAUUCGGUUGGGCUCUUUUCUUCGCCGUCGUGUGGGAAAUAUUUCCGGCCUAUAUCAUUCCAUGGUUUAGUGGCAUCUCGAUAUUCUGCUUGGCGUCUAUCAACGCUCCGAAAUCCACACGCACGAUAUUUUCAACCAUCUUUGGAGGCGCUUCUUCGAAUGAAGGGAUGGGUAUACUGAAUUUCAGCCUUGACUGGCAGUACAUUCAGAGUCAGUUUCUGUCGCUACCACUAAAGCAACAAUUCAAUUCCUGGAUUGGUUAUAUCAUAUUGUAUGCUGCACUGCUCGGGUUGUACUACAAUGAUACAUGGAGCGCUAAGAGCUUCCCCUUCAUGUCAACGUCUCUAUUCGCAGGAAAUGGCACAGUGUUCCAUCCUACAUCAAUCUUGACCGACGAUGGUAUCGUCGAUGAGGCCAAGUUAGCUGAGGUUGGUUUACCAUAUCUAACUUCAAGCACGGUUUGGGGUUAUUUCACGCAGAAUUUAGCUAUAGGGGCGUUAAUCACCCACGUCCUUAUAUUCUACGGCAAGGAUAUGGUUCUCGCGUGGAAACAAGCGCGCAGUAGAACUCAACCCGAUCCGCAUUACCAGGGCAUGUUGAAGUAUAAGGAAGUACCACAGUGGUGGUAUCUAGCUCUUUUUGUCCUUUGCUUUUUUGCUGGGUUAGCUGUUAACAUUAUUGGCGAAACCACGCUUCCUUGGUGGGGUUACAUCAUCUCUCUUCUUCUGGGAUCUUUCAUUGCCCCAUUCUCCUGUAUUCUGUAUGGGUUAUACGGAAGCGGAGUGGCUACCAAUCAGAUCUCCAAGAUGGUCGCUGGCGCCGUGCACCCUAGUCUUCCUCUCGCCAACUUAUACUUCGCUAGUUGGUCGCAUCAAGUCAUCCUUCUCGCGGUCAACUUGGCCAACUGGCUCAAAGUCGGACAAUACACUAAGGUGCCGCAUCGCGUUAUGUUUUUUACCCAGAUUUACGCUACUCUUCUCGGAGCAGGCCUGAACUACGCCGUCAUGACCAUCAUCGUCAAUAGCCAACGAGAGAUUCUCCUCGAUCCUGCAGGUAAUAAUAUCUGGAGCGGUUCGGUAAUACAGAGCUUCAACACGCAGGCUGUCACAUGGGCCUUAGCGAAGGAGAUGUACGGUCCGGCGGGGCGCUACUUUAUCGUUCCUAUGGGUAUCGUUAUUGGUCUUUUCGUUCCCCUUAUUCACUGGGGUCUGAUCAAGUUAUUCCCAAAACUGAAGGAUAUUCCUAUCAACACUUCAAUUAUAUGCGCCUACGCUGGCCUAAACUAUUACGGAAAUACCUCAUGGAUUUGGUCCUCGAUUGCGGUUGGUAUAUUCUCACAGAUCUGGCUCAGACGUCGCAUGCCGAAGAUCUAUAAUAAGUACAAUUAUCUCAUCGGCGCGGCACUAGACGGAGGGUCUCAGUUGGUGAUAUUCCUGCUUUCCUUUGCAGUGUUCGGCGCUAGUGGAAAGGCAUAUCCGUUCCCUGAGUGGUGGGGGAACCCAUCAGGGAAUCCGGAUCAUUGUUUGUAGAUGUUACCAAUCAGUAGUCAUGAUCAGGGUGUUUUAUCAUCUCUUGUGUUGAGGAUUGACAUGUGUUAUACAUGUGUGCCAAGAAAAAUCCAAACAUAUAACCACGUGCUAUUAGAAACAUGACAGACACUU